AUGGCAAGUUUAAUUUUCGGAGCGCUCUUGGCCCAAGGCGCUGCUGCGCUUCAGGAUUCAGUGUCCCUCCCACUGUCUCUCGCGUACGGCGAUGGAUCCAGCCAAGUCAUGACCACGUUCCGGAUGGGGCACCCGGAAGGGGAGCCUCUGAGCGUCGUCGCAGACACAGGUUCCGCAAACUUUUGGAUAUUCGGACCCAACGCCACUGUCAACUACGGCUCUCAAUAUCUCGGUGUCCCAGGCCCAUGCAAUGAGACCGCCUCUCCCUUCUACAACUACACCGCCUCGAACGCCGCCACCGCGCCCGAGGCAUUCGGCCCCGCCGAGUACGCCUACGGCGGCAACUCCAAAUUCAUCGACAGCACUUUCACCGUCAACGACACCGUCAACGCCGCCUUCCCCGACGCCUCUGAGAGCGUCGUCGGCGUCCGCGUUGCCGUUGCCGAGUCGGCCAUGUACCGCCAGUACGAUGACGGCAGCUGCGCGGGCCUUGACCACGAGACGGGUAUCCUGGGCCUGGCACCCUUCGCCAACACGACGACAGGCCCGUCGUUCCGCCAGGACCUGUUGGACCAAGGGACUGUGACGUCCAAGGUUUUGAGCAUGUGGUUCGAAGCGAACGAGGGCGCGGCGACGGCGCCGCUGAACGGGACCGCGCUGAUCGGCGCCGUCGACCACACCAAGUACAGUGGCGAGCUAGUGGAGCUGCCGCUGUUCAGCUCGCCGUCGAGUGUGGGCUACUUUGUCGGCGUGCCGAAAGUCACGAUCAACGGCGGUAUUGUAGCGCUGGAAAACAGUACCUCGGACUGUCUGAUCGACUCGGGGUCCAUCUUCGACACGCUCCCGUUCACGAACGAGACGGAGUUCCUUGAUGCUACGGGCCUGGUGGACCUGCAGGGCUUCAUCGCGUAUCCCUCGGCCUGCGACGACAUCCCGGCCAACGCGACGAUUGACUAUCUCUUUGAUGGUGCCAAGGACGGGGAGUCUGUUACUGUCAAGAUCCCGCUGCGGAACUAUGCCAAAGGCUCGGGAGACUUCCUUGGAGAAACUGAUAAGUGCGGAAUUCAGAUCCAGCAGGGUUACGAUGCGUGCACGCUUGCUGCGCCGUUCUUCACUGGAGCCUUCAUCACCGCAGACGACGAGGCCGGGACGUUUGCGGUCGCGCAAGGAGGACUGCGUGGGUCGUAUUCGGAGGAGAAAUAG